AUGGACUCCCAACAACCCAACAAAGAUUCCCACAAACCCUCCUCCGGCAGCUUUCCGGCCAACAUCAUAGACAAACUGAAAGCCAAUCUGGUUUUCCGAUCGAAAUGGGCUGAGUUGAACGGUGCAAUGGGGGACUUGGGCACGUUUAUACCGAUAGUUUUGGCCUUGACACUAGCAAAUGACCUUAACUUAGGCACAGCAUUGAUAUUCACCGGAAUCUACAACAUUCUCACCGGCGCAAUAUACGGUGUCCCCAUGCCUGUGCAACCCAUGAAGGCCAUUGCCGCCGCAGCAAUUUCUGGGUCUUCUGAAUUUGGGGUCCCAGAAAUCAUGGCUGCCGGAAUACUGACCGGAGGGAUUUUAUUUCUUCUGGGUGUCACUGGGUUGAUGCAGGUAGUGUACAAGAUAAUUCCUCUGUCUGUUGUCAGGGGUGUCCAGCUGGCACAGGGCUUGUCAUUUGCUCUGACCGCCGUCAAAUACGUUAGAAAAGUUCAGGAUUUUUCUAAGUCCAAAGCUGGGAAGAAUAGGCCCUGGAUUGGUUUGGAUGGGUUGGUGUUGGCAAUUGUUUGUGCAUGUUUUAUUGUUAUUGUUAAUGGUGCAGGGCAGGAAAAAGAGGAGGAUGAUGAUGAGAGAGAGAUUGGUGGUGUUUUAGGUGAUGAGGAGGUGGAAAGGCAGGGGAGGAGGAGGAGAAGAAGAAUCAGAAAAGUAAUCUUCUCACUUCCUUCAGCUUUCAUGGUGUUUCUGUUGGGUGUGGUUUUUGCUUUUAUAAGGCCUAGAGUGGUGGGAGACAUUAAAUUUGGACCGUCAUCUAUUGAAGUAGUAAAGAUAUCUAAGCAUGCAUGGAAGGAAGGGUUCAUCAAGGGCACAAUUCCUCAACUCCCCUUGUCAAUAUUGAAUUCUGUGAUUGCUGUCUGCAAGCUGUCGUCGGAUCUUUUUCCGGGGAGGGACUUCUCAGCAACGUCGCUUUCAGUGACCGUUGGGCUAAUGAACGUGGUCGGGUGCUGGUUCGGAGCCAUGCCUAGCUGCCACGGUGCCGGCGGGCUAGCCGGGCAGUACAAGUUUGGUGGGAGGAGUGGUGGCACUACAAGAAAUUAG